AUGACUCCAUAUCCCACGACAUACAGGCAUUUGUUUGACUUCCGUCAUUAUACCACAAAAGAACACUGCUUAUCACUAGAUAAGGAGUUUCUGGAAUCUUACCAAGGCAUUGAAGCUGUCUUCGUUGAACUUGUCUCUAAUCUCGUUGUUGAAAUCAAUGCAGAAACCGGCAUGUCACCCGAGCGUCGAUAA